GCUGUUUGCGCAAGACUGGGCAUUAUAGCCAAGGACGCUAAUUGCAUACUACCGUACGCCAUUUUUUGCCACUUCCUAGUUCAUUAGAGCUGUCCUUUCGUUUCACAUAAUAACCGGCUUUUUCUUCACGAACGCAUCACGAAAACCAGUGCUCAUAUCGCCAACCGAUCGUUACUGAACGCCUCAACUUCAACUCAUGGCCCAGCCUUACUAUGACGGACACCCAUUAGAAGAGUAUUUGACAGACUCGGGUGAAGCUCCCGAGCAAAUGCCUGGAAACUGGCCACUUUUCUCAAUACUCCAGCACUCAUUCACGGAGUCGCCAGUAGUCUUCAAGUACAGUGCACAAGUCGAAAAAAUUUGUUUCGGUAUUUUUGGCGCGCUUCAGUUUCUCAGCUCUCUCUUCACAUCUGACCGUAUUUCGAAGCGCACACGAGCUUUCGCUGAGCGCUUCAAGUAUGGUGUCAUUACAUCCUCCCUCCUAUCCCCGGGUUUCGCAACUACCCCCGUCCCUCAUCCACACCGCCGUUCGUUUUCACCCCAAAUUCCUGGUAGACUCUCAAGCAACCACAGCAGAAAUACCAGUGGGGCUGAAAGCACCGCUACCGAGCAAAUUUCCCUAACGGUACCCGCCGAACCCGCACCACAUGUAUGGCCUAUAACACUUUCUAUCACCCUUGCUGUCGCAGCGCUCAGCGCUCAAUUUUACGCCUUCUUUGUUCUGUUGCUUGUUAGCACACUGUAUUAUAUGCACGUUCACCAAUUGGAUCUACACUCUAAACCUGACAUCAUUACACCUUCCCUGGAAGCACUCCAAAAUUUAAUCACAGCGGGUAAGGUGUGGGACGCCGUUGUCCAAGACACCCUCGAGACCCUAGAAAAUGAAGAGCGAAGCAUCUUUCACGGACCAUCCACCCCGAUAAUGACUUUUUCGUCACUUAGGGUGGCACUAUCAACUUCCCUACUCACAACCCAAACUCAAUGUGACAACGUUCGUCAACUGCUUUCAGCUAUUGUAUCUCCAUCCGAGCUUGCGCAGCUUUCGGAGAUGUAUGCCCCGCCAUCGCCUAUGAAACUCACGUUCUCUCUGAAUAGCGAUAAUCACCGGCCGCUUUCUUUGCCUGGAUCUCGGCAACAUGACAACUUUACUUCCAUCCGCGAUCACAAGAGGUCAACGUGGAAUGGGUCCUACUCUGCUCUUGCACAAGCAGGAAGUCCUAUGUCCCACAUUGCAAAGAGGAGAGAAAAGCGGCGAUCAGAUCUUAGCGCACUACUUGGUGCUGCGUCACCAUCACGACGAAGCAGUGUCAGCGCGCCCACAAGCCCAUCAGCUCACCAACCACUUCUUGAUGUGGUUGAGGAGGACGACACUCACCUCGGGGCUUCAUUGCUACCAGAGGGUGAGGAUGAUUGUUUUGGAGCUGCUGCUCUUAAUCUACGUCGAAAGCAUCACAGUCAGGGUAUGAGCAAAUUUGGGACGUCAUCCCGGAAUUCUGCUGUGUCUUUAUUGAGAAGUAACUCUGACUCGAGGCACCUUUCAACAAUGUCCCCUGCCUCGAAAUACACAAGCAUGCAAACAAGCCGGCAUCCGCUCUCCUUUUCAUCGUUGAAGCAGUCACUUCAGAGCGCGCUUGCCUCGAAACGAUAUGCAUGCUCUCAUCUAUUAGCUCUUCGGUUUGAAGGGGACGAAGAUGAUGCUUACUGGGAGGACGUGCGUUCACUCAUGAGCCUCCUUACGACAACAUUAGUCGAUGCCUCCUCGAGACUUACUGAGGUUCUGGACGAGGUGGAGGAACAGGAACAGCAAUUGAAGGACGUGGCUGCGUCAGACUCAUCAUCCGACGUACAAGUUGCCUCUUCAUUACCAUCGCCUCCACUCCCCACUUACCCUCUUUCGCACUCGAUAUCCCAAAUCACAUCCUUUGCGCCACUGCCCAGUGACCUUGCACGGUUUGCAACCCACGUCGAUGCUAUUUCUUCCGCUCUCGACGAUGCACGAGAUCAUCUCGAGCAAUGUGUAACCUCGCUGAAAGAAGAGACACCUUUCAAGCAUUCUCUACAGAUGUCGACGCCCUCCAAUGAGGAGCCUCUCAGUCACCCUGCUCUUCUGGCUUACGAACGUCUGCGGCGUGAAAUUGGUCUUGCCUUGCGGGAAUGCGAGCGCGGCCGGGAGAGACUCACGAACAUCUUACUCCCGCCAACCCCCUCCCCAGAGGAACCAGAUGACCUACCCACCUUGGCUCUCGACAUGGGCAGCGAUGACUCUGACAAGGCCGAUGAAGCACCAGGCAUGGAUGCACAGCACGAGGACAUUGGGCUCACUGUAAUCUCACCAUCCGGAGAGACGUUCGAUGCAGAUGACGCGUCGUCCCCUCUGCUGCUUGCUGCGUCAUCACAUCAUUUGCCUCCACCUGGCAUCGAGCAGGUGUUUGAGGCUGAUACAGGGAACUCACCGGCGUUCACGCGUGAGCGGUCGAAGAUGACGAGGGAAGAGCGGAUAAAGCUUGCGAAGGCACAGCGGAAGAGUGGGGGUGGGGGUGAUGAACAUGCAUCCAAGAUUGAGCGGUGGGGGCCAGGUGGGGAAGUGGUACAGGAAUUGAAAGACGUAAUAUGGAAGGUGGGAGAGCGGCGCAGACGGAUGACGGAGGAUCAGUUGAGGAAUGCGGCGUCGUCGAUACCAGCGUCUAGUCAUGGGAGCGUGACGCCGAUAGAGAUUGUGCCGCAGGGAGCGGUAGGGUUGUAGUACACUGUUUAUAUAAAGUACAUACUUUAAUUCGGUGGUGUGCACUAAUGUAGUGCUUUCGGAUUU